AUGAGUUUGGUUAGCUCGGUUUUUGAUGGAAAUGGAUAUGGAGGAUGGAAGAGGGGAAUACUCAUUGCUUUAUCUGCCAAAAAUAAGGUCGGAUUUAUUGAUAAUUCUAUAUCUCAACCUUCUGUCACUUCUGAUGACUUCAAGGGAUGGUCUAGAUGCAAUGACAUGGUAAUUUCUUGGCUAUUGUACUCUUUAUCUAGAGAGAUUGCUGAAAGUGUCAUUUACUCUAAAACUGCAAAAGAGAUCUGGACUGAGCUUGAGGAGAGAUUUGGCCAAACUAAUGGACCUCAGCUUUAUCAACUGCAGAAAAAGGUAGGUGAGUUAGUUCAAGCAAACUCAGGUAUUGCUGGAUAUUACACUAAGCUGAAAAGACUCUGGGAUGAGCUAGAUAGUUUAGACAUCACUCAGCACUGCUCUUCCUACUCCAGUGCUAGGAGCAGUCUGUUACUCUUAUCACCUCCGCAUUCAGUCAAUCAUGCAUACUCACUACUCAUAAGGGAUGAAAAACAGAAGGAAGUUCAGGUCUCUCAUCAACCAGCAAAAAGUGCAUUUUUGGCUAGCAAACAAUUUCAUCAUGGUCAGUCCUCAUAUGGAGGACAAAGCUAUAACCAGAAGUUUAGACAGGAUAGAAGGUUUAUCUCAGAGGGAAAGAAGCUUGGAAGUGGGUUGUUUUGCACUGAUUGCAAGAAAACAAACCACAAUGUUGGAAGGUGCUACAGGAUUAUUGGAUUCCCUGCUGAUUUUAAGUUUACCAAAUCUAAGAAAUACUCAGGGGAAGCUAAGAGUAAUGCUGUUUAUCCAAUUAUUGAGAAUCAACCUCCUGAUCAGGGUGAACAACCUAUGACACAGAAUCAGUACCACACUCUCUAUUAG